CUAUCUACCUAGCUGAAAAAAACCCAACCUUUGGGCUCUUGGACAGUCUCAAAAAAUAUCUACAACACGUUAUUUUAGUUUCUUGACAUUUGUUUUUCAUUACGGUCCUUUAUUUUCCCUAUAAUAUUCUAUACUUAUUACAACACACUGUUUAAUAUAAAAACACACUUUACCAACUUCUGUGUGUGUUGUUCUUUUUAUUUCUUACAGUUUUUUAUAUAAAUAAAAAUAUCGAAACGGAUCUUUUGUUUUCCUCUUCUUCUUUUCGAAAUAAAUUUUUAUUUUUUUUCUGUAAAUUUUGUCUGUAAAAUGUUAUCCUGACAAAAGUUUAUUCAAGCCACAUCCUUGAGAAUAAGUAAACCAAAAAAAUAUAAACAAACAUUUAAGCCGACUUCAGAAUCAAAGAGGAUGACAAAAAUGAAAAAUGGAAAGAAAUAAAGUUAAUUGUUUUACAUUUUUUGUUUAAAAGAAGUUUAUAAAAUACGGAAAUAGAAAUAAAACAUCGGAUGUCCUAAGUCGUUCGGAUAAGUUAAUGGUCUCCUUAUCCAGAUAAAAAAGGAAUAGACGAUUUCUCAUCCCCGUAUCACAGACUUUCACAAACACACACAAGCCCAUAUACUAAAAAACCUUAAAAACCAUGGAAAUAUUUUUCCAGUUUGGCCAAUUUCAAAUAAGCAGGACGCACUUUAAAGAAAAAAAGUUUCUAUUACAUCGACUAAGUAAAAGAACCUCCAGUCCUACAAAAAACGACGUCUAUAAGUUGAAUCAUCAAAGGAACAUCAUCAAUUUUUUAAUUAAAACUUAAAAAACAACACAUGCACAAAAAUAAAGUAUAAGGACCGAAAAAUCAAGAAACGAAAAUCAAGAAGCCGAGAUCUAAAACCAAGAAACAACAAAUCGUGCAAUAAGUGAAAGAGAGAGAGAGAAAAGAGAUCAGCUCAAAGUUCAAACUAGCGCACAAAAGAACAAAAACAAAAAUACACAUUCAUUGCACAAGGUUGUGUGCAAAAAGGGAUGUUCAUACCUGACACACUGAGAAGCUGUAUGAUCGAGACGGACGUAUCAUCGUAUCUACAGACCUCAUCCUCAGGACAGGUGCUUGUGCUACUCUACUGCUACCAACCAGCCGAAAUCCAUAUCAUAUGUAAUUAACAUAUGUCAUUAACAUAACAACAGCAAAAAAGCAAAUAAUCAGAAAACAAACAGACAAACAAACAAACAAAACAAAAAAAAAGCCAGACAAAAAAUGUUUUCUUUUUAUGUACAUGUAUAAACAAAAAAUUGUGUUUCCUGAAUAAUAAUUUAAGCCUGAAAUCAAAAAAAAAAACAAUUAAUUAACCAAAAAAAUUAAAACGCAAGGAACGACUUCUAAAAAAUUGUUUAAGAAAAACUUCUUGGUCAAGAAUGCGUUGUAAAAACAAUUUGUGUGUGAUGAAUUUCAUCCGUUUAUUGAGGCCCUCCUACCUUUCGUUAAGUCAUUUUCGUACUCAUGGUUCAAUUUACAAGCCGCAAAGAGAAAAUACUAUAAGAAACACGAAAAACGAAUGUCACUUGAGGAAGAGAGACAUUGCAAAGACGAAUUACAGAACGAAAAAGCGGAAGUAAAACAAAAAUGGGCGUCACGUCUUUUAGGAAAACUUCGCAAAGAUAUAACACAAGAAUGUCGCGAAGAUUUUGUCCAAAGUAUAACGGGCAAACGUCAAUCGAUAUGUGUUUUAUCGAAUCCAGAUCAAAAAGGCAAAAUGCGACGCAUCGAUUGCUUGCGGCAAGCCGACAAAGUCUGGCGCUUAGACUUGGUUAUGGUGAUAUUGUUUAAGGCUAUACCACUCGAAAGUACUGAUGGCGAGCGAUUAGAAAAGAAUCCCGAAUGCACUCAUCCGGGAUUGUGUGUUAAUCCGUAUCAUAUAAAUGUUUCAGUUCGUGAACUGGAUUUGUAUUUAGCCAAUUUUAUAAAUACUCAUGAUAAUUUAAGUCCACCGCUAAUUUACAAUAAUAAUAAUAAUAACAAUAACAGUAAUAAUAAUAACAAUAAUAGCAAAAAGGGGGAUGAUGAACGCAAGCAGAAAGGCUACACUCAUAACCCAUACAAUGGAGUCAUAUGCAAUGAUAUCAUACUGGCCACAGGUGUGUUCUCUUCCAAGGAACUUUGGAAGCUUUCGAAAGCAUCAAUAUUGGAAGAAACAAAUGAUCUGAUUCAAACAAACGCAAAUGCAAUUAAAAUGGAAAAUACCAGUAGUAUAUAUGAUUGCAAUACGUAUCCGUUGUCAGCGCCACCUAGUGGCAUUGUAUCAGCAGUGACAGAUCGUUCGAUAGGUCCUUCAAUGGUCUUGGCUAGUGGUUACAGCAUUGACUUUGUAGAUCCUCGUGGAAUGCAUCUGUCAAAUUCAGCUCAAUUACGGGGUCAGACUUCAUGCAAAAAUGAUCCAUGUUCCUCGCCUCCAGAUGGCAAUGGCAGUAGUUUUUCUGUUAUUCUGCGACAUAGCGAUCAAUCGCUUGGAGGGAAUUCUUCAGAAGAUGGUAUUUCCCUGCAAAGGUACACACCUACCGGUCACUCUACCUCAAGAAUUCUCACCAUGAGUCAGGCGAGAUCGAAUGAAGUAUUAAUUCAGCAGAAUCCCAGCGGAUUGGUGCCGCAUGCGGUGAGUCCGAGUGCGGUUUACUAUCAACACAGUAGUCCAUCAGGGCCAUCUGACUCGCAGGCAUCUAGCGAAAGCAGUCAAACGCAUCAGGAACAACAACAGUCCUUGCAGAAUCACCACAACCAUCCGCACAAUCCACAUCACGCGGCUCAACAUCCACACCAUGCGAUACAUCCGCAUUCAGUUACAAGCAAAUAUCCUAAUGAAGUUGGGAAUGGGCAUGACACUCUAUCGGACUUUGUGACGUUUGUCUGCCAGGAAACCGACAGUAAUCCGCAUAUUUCAGGCUCAGCAACUUCAUCUGCUAGUUCUGCAUCUGUGGCUGCUGUCAGUCAGUUCCAAGUGCAGCACGUAGGACGCAGUCUGAAGGCGCAAUACGCGCAAUACAGCACAAUGCUACCACCACCACCAUUACCCCCAAUGGCCCGACCAGUCGCUAUCAUUCGCUCAACCGGUGAUCUUACUAUGGUUGGAAGUCCCCCAUCAUCGAUCACACCACCUGCUGCUUCGGCCUCGACAAUAUCCUCACCAUCCCAUCACCACCAGGAUCAGGAUCCAGGUCUGCCCAACGGGAGUUCAUCAAACGGUGGUGGACGGAAUUCCUCAACUGGAGGCAGUGGAUCAAAUUCGAACACUGGUACCACAAAUACCGGUGGUAAUAGUUCAACGGGUAGUUCAAGUGGGAACAGUGGAAGCAAUGGUUGCAACAUUGGUCAGUCAACUGAAAUAAGUUCAGUUUCUCCUCCAUUAAGCCAUCUGGAUGUAACUCGCAAAAACUUAGCACGAAUCUCAAGCAACCCCUAUCCCCCAAAUGGUCGCGAAUAUGUGCCAUUUAACAAUUUUCAUUCACAGCCAACUCCGCUGUUAGGUUAUACAACAUCGAUAUCAACAAUGUCAGGUGUUAUUAGCCCGACGAACUUAAGUUUAUAUUCAUCGCCUAGAACAACACCACGCAGUCGUUGGAAUGCCCCAUUUAUGAUGGAAGAAGAUUUUAAUAUGAUAACACAUUCGAUAUCCAAUAAUAAUCCUGAAUCCGGUUCAGUGAUUUUAAUGGAAGAGGAACAUGCAUCUGCGUCACGCUAUGAAGACUUUCCUAACAGGGACUACGUGACAUGAUAACAAAUGAUGAUGUAUUAAGAGAGGAAUACGCUUAUUAAAUUUAAUUUAGAUCAAAGACAUAAGGCAUAAAAAUAUAAUAAAAUAAAUAUUUUAAUAAAAUGCAAUAAUAAAAAAACAAAAAACAAGACAACAAAAACAAUAAAAAAAAAAGUUAAAUGAACAACAGCAACACAUAAUAUAUUUGGUUUAUACAGAUCAAACCCCUUAAGAAUAAUAGCUUUAAAAUAAACUUAAUUUAGCACGUGGACUAUAAAAUAUAAAAAAAAAACUAAAAUUAAGAAAUAUUUAAGGAACCAAAGCAUUUGAUUAAGCAUAAAAAAUUAAAAAUACAAAAAUUAAACAUAAAGAAUAAAAAAUGCAUAAAUUAUCAUUACAAAACUAUAACGAUAGUUAAAAAAUAAAACAUAUAAGGAAAUAUAAAUUUCAAAAAAAAAGGAAAACAGACAAUAGUAGAAUUAAUUAAAUUAUAUUAACACAAAUAUUAUUAUUUAAGAAUGUCAAAAAAGUGAAAUUAAUCUAAAGAAACUACUAAUAAUUUUUAAACAAAGAUUAAAAAAAACAAAAAACAUCGUUUUACAAUAUACAUAAUGCAUACAUACAUUGAAACUUGAUCAAUUUAAAGGUUAAAAAUAAUUAUUAAGUUUAAAUAACAGCAACUUUUAAGUAGUUCAAUUUUAUUUAAAUAACAAACCUAAACUAAAUUAUAAUACGCUGGGUUAUGUUUUAGUUCAUAAAUUUUUCUAUUUUUGGUUUAUAAAAUAGGAACAUUCAAAUUAAAACGCACACACAAAAAAUGUAUUGAUCUCGUCAAAUAAAAUAUUAUAGGAUUUAUUAAACAGAACGAAAAAAACAGGUAAAUAAUAAUUAAAAUUCAAUAACCUUAUCAAUUUAGGUGCAUGAAUUGUACCCUUAUUAACACACGUAAUUUUUUUAUAAUUUUAUAAUUGGUCUCACUCUUCUUAAUUUUUAAAAGGAAAAUCGAGUUUGGCGUAACCAUGAUCACACUUUUCUAACUUAUGUUGUAAUGUUGAAAUUAAUUUUUUGAUCAGAUGCAUCUCAAAUCAUGUAUAAUGUAUUUCGUGGUGUACAUAAUAUAAGCUAGAAAAUUGUGAUCCAAAAUUCCUAAGUUUGCCAUCAAAAACCUUUAAAAACGUCUAAAUUCAAACGUUUACCAUGUUAGAUUCUUAUUCUACUCUCCAAUAAUUUAAAAAUAUUUAUAAUUUAGUUUGUGAACUUUUAGUUUUUUUUUAAUUGGUUUGUCAAUACUAAACACAAUUCAACACGCAAGCUAUCUGAUAAUUGGUAUAACUAUUAUCCAAAAAUAUUAUUAGAUUUAUAAUAAAUAAAAUGUUAAAAGUUUGGAAUUUCAUUAUAAAUGAAGACUCUGACUCCUAGGGAGUUACUUUUUUUCAAUUUAUUUAUUUGCUUUUUAUUUAAUAUAUUAACAAAAUGUUCUUUGUAUAUAUAAAAUAAAACUUAAGUUAAAACAUAUUUACAAUAUGUAGCAAUAACUUAUCCUAUUGUGUAUAAGAAAUCAUCCUAAACAACAAAAAAAAAUCAAAUAAAUUUAAGAACAGAAAUAUACAAAUUAUAUAACAUUUAAACGAAUUUUAAGUAAAAACAAGAUACACAAAAAAUUAGGACAAUAAUUUAAACAACAGCAACAAAAUCGGUUUAGUUCGUAAAUUUUUAAUAUUUUUCUUAAUUUCAUUUAAAUAUUUAAACACGAAUAAACUUAAACUAAAAAACUAAAAUGUAAAUACGCAACAAACUAAAAAUAAAAACUAAAAACGAGAAAACUAGCAGCAACCUAGGAUAAUAAUUAAAACAUAAGCUAAAAUCAUUGCUACUAAAACUUUAUAUUAUAUAUAUACAUACCUAACUAUAUAUUUUAUACAACAUUAGUAAAAAAACAAACUAUAUAUCCUUAAAUUAAAAACAAUAUUAAGUGGUCAAACAAAACUCGAAGUAAAGUUUAAACAAAAAUCAAACUAUAUAUGUAUAUAUAAGAUGUAUAUAUGUUCGAUUGUAACGACGCUAAACACGAAUGUUUCUCGCUACAAGGAAUUUAAAAAUACAAAUAAGCAAACACAAAUAAGUAGGCUAGGGUAUGUGCCUUAGAAUAUAAGAUUAAAUUUAUUAAAUAAAACAACUCGAAGGAUAAAAUUAAAUACCAAUUAACUUUAAUUUCGCAUAAGAAAUAAUAUGGUUCAUUUAGGUUUAUUUUAAGAAAAAAAAACUCUUUUAAAUCAGAACUAUUUUGUUUCUUUUUUAAAUUAAAUAAAUAGGAGUGGUUAACUAUUUAUUCAAUACCAAAGAACAAAUUGCUUUAUUUUGCUUCAACUUUUCUUUCAUAGUAAUUUAUUAUUUUCAUUUAACAUAAGUUAUUUAUUCUUUUAGCUACUUAAAUAUUUUUUGUAACAUUUUGGUAUUCUUUUGAAAAAACUUAAAUUAUUUUUUGAGCUGGUCAAACUCAAAUACGAAAGUUAGUAUUCAAAAUACUUAUACAAAAUAAUGAAAUGAACAAUAUUUAUUUGGAAACAAGGUUUAGAAUUACUGUCUAAAUAAAAUUUAAAUUACUUUAAUUAUAAUUUUUGUACAAUUUUAUUGAUUUUAAAACUUAAUUUUUCAAAAAAGAAAUUGGCUGUGAGGUGAUAAAUAAAAAAAUAUAAUACAAAAAACUUUUCUUUUGAAAUCAUGAUAUUAUAUACACAAAGAAAAUUAAAAACCUUGCUUAGAUUUAUGAAUUAUUUGCUAGUUAAAAAAAAAUAAAAAAAAAAUAGAAUGAAAGUUUUGUAUUGGCUUAAUUCCUAGUCAGCCCUAUCACGUUUCCAUUGGAAAAAUUUACGAAUCCAAAUGCGCUCGUAGAUAAAAACUUCAUAUUAUUUUGGAUUACGAAAAGAUUUGGUCAUAGUUUCUUUUCAGGAUCCGUAAAAUGUUUGCAUUGCUACGAAAUUCGUGAAAGGGCUUGAUAUUAUAAGAAUUCAUUAUACACAACAAAUUGACACACUUUAUUUUAAUACGUUUUCCUUAAAAUUAAACACAUAUGUAUGAACAGCAACAACAAAAAGUAUCAAAUAUAAAAUAUUAGUCACAAGCAUAUAUAUUUAUGGUUUACAACAUAGGUACUUACUUAAACCAUGAUUUGACAACUUUAAGUUAAAAAUAUAACAAUAUAACAAUAUAAUAGUGUGCCUUUAUUUGAUAAAACAUUACAAAAUUAAAAAUUUAAGCAGAAUAAAUUGAACAUAAUCAGCAAUUAUUUUAAAUAAAUGAAAAACGUUAGCGAAAAUUUUAAGUUAAAAACUGUUCAGAAAAUGUGUCAAAAAAAAAUUAAUUUUUACUAUUUUCACUAUAAGUAUACGAGUUAAGAAAACCCCGAAAACGGUCGAUGUUGUUAAAAAAUAAAACUGACUAAAUUAUUCUGUGGUUAAAGAUAAGGCCAUAACGCGACAUUUGGGCUGUGACUGCUACACAAAUAAAAAUAAAACCACAACGCGUUAUUAUAAAGUUCUAAACAUUAAGUAUCCAAAUGCCGUUUUCAGGGUUCUCAAAAUGUAUACAAAAUAAAACAUAAGUGUAGUAAUAAUAAAAAAGCAAAUAAUACGAAAUAAGUUUACAAGGAAGUAAUUAUGAAAGAAUUUUUUUUUUUGAAAUGGCAAAUAAUUUAUUUUUAAGUUAUAACAAAAAAAAAGAUGGAGUUCAAAAUGUUGAAAGAAAGAAAUACUCGAUCUAAUAUACUAUGAAAACACUUGAUUUUGGAAAAAAAAAUACACAAACAAUUGUUAAAAAAAAUAAAAAUGAAAAGGACUUAAAUAAAAAUAUAUUAAAUUUUUUUA